CAGCCUAGGAAGAGCAGCAUGGAAUCCUUGCUGAAGAAGGAGCUGGGAUCCUCCUUGAUGAAGCCUUCUGGCCACUCAGGAGGAGGCUGCAUCAGCCAAGGGCAGAGCUAUGACACCGACAAGGGCCGGGUCUUUGUGAAGAUCAACCACAAGCCUGAGGCACGGAGGAUGUUCCUAGGAGAGAUGGCCAGCUUAGAAGCCAUUCACCGAACGGGUACCGUCCUUGUCCCGAAACCCAUCAAGGUCAUAGACCAGCCGGAUGGUGGGGCGAUGCUGGUCAUGGAACAUCUGGACAUGAGAAGCCUCAACAGAUAUUCGGCCAAGCUUGGUGAGCAGAUGGCAGAUCUCCACCUCCAUAACCAGGGACUGCGGCACAAGCUGUCUAAGGAGGGAGGCACCAUAGGUAAAGGCCCCGGCCAGUCUGACCUCCAGUACGUAGACAAGUUUGGCUUCCAUACGGUGACGUGCUGCGGAUACAUUCCCCAGGUGAAUGAUUGGCAGGAGGACUGGGUCUCCUUCUACACCCGUCAGAGGAUCCAGACCCAAAUAGACUUGAUUGAGAAAUCAUCGGGGGAUCGGGAGGCCAGAGAGCUUUGGUCACAGUUACAGCUGAAGAUACCCCAGCUGUUCGCUGACAUCGAGGUAGUACCGGCUCUUCUUCAUGGAGAUUUGUGGGGAGGAAACGUGGCAGAAGUGGAGUCAGGGCCCGUUAUUUUCGACCCUGCCUCUUUUUACGGCCAUUCGGAGUUCGAGCUGGCCAUUGCUGGCAUGUUUGGAGGAUUCGGUGGUUCUUUUUACUCUGCCUUCCACGACAAGAUCCCCAAGGCUCCUGGGUUUGACAAGCGGCUGAAGCUCUAUCAGCUUUUUCAUUACCUGAACCACUGGAACCAUUUUGGAAGUGGUUAUAGAGGGUCUUCCCUGAGCAUCAUGAGGGGUCUUCUGAAGUGACUUUCCUGACCAUAUACUAUACAGGAGUCCACACAAUGUUCCUAGAACACCAUCUAUUCAAAUGACCAACUACUGCAGUGACUAACAUGAUA